AUUUUGUAAAUGGACAUGGAGGAUUCUGCCGGAGGAGCUCGUAAAGCCACGAAGAGUAAACUGUUUGAGUUUCUCGUCCAUGGAGUGUCUCCUCCUGUGCCCUGAACACCUCCAUUGCGACCUUGAGAGCUAGGGAUUGGCAGAGAGACCUGCACUGGUUCCCGCUGCGUCCACAUGUUCACGUCCCACUGCCUCUUCACUCAGAUGUUCUGAGAUUGGACCAGGCCUGGACACCCCUGGAGCUUGGCCUACUUUGAAAGCAAUGAUCGGGUCAUGAGGGUCACCACACCAUACGGGAUCAUCUCCAUCAGGGAUGUACUUACCCGCACUGUAGGCAGGACUGGAGCCGGGGACGUUGGAUCACAUUCUGGAUGUUUCCACAACUUUGGUGCACAUCCAGAGUCACAGGCACUCUGCAACUCUGCCAUUAUGAGUCAUGAACAACAGACCUCAAAUCUCCUCAGCAGCACACAAACUGAACUGAGAAAUAAUAACAGGGCAAAAACGAUAAAAUUGCUCUCCUCAGUCGGGUAAAACUUCACAAUGAGCGUCCAGGGAUGACCUCAGGGGCACGGAUGCCCCAUCAAGGAGCUCCCAUGGGGCCUCCUGGACCUCCAUAUGGAGGAACACCGCCCAUUCGACCAGGGAUGCCUAACCCAGCCCUCGACCCCAACCGAAAACGUCCUGCCCCGACCCAGCCCGUGCAACCUCCCCCUGUCCAGAACCGUCCCAGAAAGAAACCACUUGGAUUUCCAGCAACAAAUGAGAUAUCCGUGAGACAGAUGGACAUGAGAGAAGCCCAGUCAGAUCCUGCAAUUGGAUCCAAUGCCAAGAGAAGAAAAAUGGCCGACAAGAUUCUCCCUCAGAGGAUCCGUGAACUGGUGCCAGAGUCCCAGGCGUACAUGGACCUCCUGGCCUUUGAGCGCAAACUUGACCAAACCAUUAUGAGGAAGAGGGUGGAUAUACAGGAAGCCCUCAAAAGACCAAUGAAGCAAAAACGCAAGCUGCGAUUAUACAUUUCAAACACUUACAACCCUGCCAAACCUGAUGCAGAAGACUCGGAGGGCAGCAUUGCAUCCUGGGAGUUGCGUGUAGAGGGCAAGUUGUUGGAUGAUCCAGGAAAACAAAAGAGGAAGUUUUCAUCUUUCUUUAAGAGCCUUGUUAUUGAGCUGGACAAGGAUCUAUACGGCCCUGACAACCACUUAGUGGAGUGGCACCGCACGGCUACAACCCAGGAGACCGAUGGCUUCCAGGUGAAGAGGCCCGGUGAUGUGAAUGUGCGCUGUACUCUCUUGCUCAUGCUGGAUUACCAGCCCCCUCAGUUUAAGUUGGAUCCUCGCCUCGCACGUCUCCUUGGCAUUCACACUCAAACCCGCUCCUGCAUCAUCCAGGCAUUAUGGCAGUACGUCAAGACCAACAAGCUGCAGGAUCCUCAUGAAAAGGAGUACAUCAACUGUGAUAAAUAUUUUCAGCAGAUCUUUGACUGUCCUCGUCUAAAGUUCUGUGAGAUCCCUCAGCGACUAACCAACCUGCUGCUGCCGCCUGAUCCUAUUGUCAUCAAUCAUAUUAUUAGUGUGGAUCCAAAUGACCAGAAGAAGACAGCCUGCUAUGACAUUGAUGUUGAAGUUGAUGAUCCUCUUAAGAGUCAGAUGAAUGGAUUCUUGCUGUCCACAGCCAAUCAACAAGAGAUUGCAUCCCUAGACAACAAGAUUCAUGAAACUAUCGAGUCCAUCAACCAACUUAAGAUCCAAAGGGAUUUCAUGCUCAGCUUCUCCAGAGACCCCAAAGGCUACAUCCAGGACUGGAUCUGCUCGCAGAACCGGGAUCUUAAGCUGAUGACAGAUACAGCUGGUAAUCCAGAGGAAGAGAGGAGAGCAGAGUUUUAUAACCAGCCCUGGUCACAGGAAGCUGUCAGUCGCUACUUCUAUUGCAAGAUUCAACAACGAAGACAGGAGCUCGAACAAGCUUUAGCACUGCGAACCACUUAACUCAACUAAUUUGUUUCUCAUGUGGCUUGGCCACUUUUAUUCUGGCGGUCUCCACACUGGCAGUUUAUUUUUAAUGGACAUGAAAAUAUUAGACCCCCUUCUCGGUAUUGAGGUUUGGACUGAUUUUAAUCAAUAAAAAGUGUAAUUGUACUCUUAUUUGAUGUAUGUUUAUUGUACAGUUGAAUGUAUAUAAUCUCACAGUACAAUGAAUUUAAGAAUGUAGCUUGGGAAUGACACUUUAACACUGACUACACACAAAUACAGCGAAUUAUAAUUGUUUAUCAGUUUUGUGAUGCACAUAAAGUGCAGAUACGCUACUGUGUCUCUUGGAAAAUUUAAAAUACCAUGAAUGAAAAUUUGAUGCCUGGGAAAUUUAUUUAACCAUUAAUGAUAUGUUAAAUGUUAAUAUGUAAGUAUAGAUAUUGAAUCUGUUAUGGGGUUUUUUCUACCCGUUUGAAUAUGACGUCACAUUCUUCUUGCAGCUUUAUUCAUGUUUUUUUCUGUCUUUAAAUUUGCACUGUGCAAAAAGAGAUCAUGAAGAAAUAUGCUGGGUUCAAACAAGCCAGCUAACUUUAUUUGCAAUAAGUGACAUUUAUUGUCAUAAAUUUGAAACGUUCUAUAAAUGGAAAUUAACACUGAAGAUUUAUGCUACGAUAAUCUAAAUCAUUCUGAUUUGUGAACACUUGUCUUAACAAUACAGAUAUUUGUGAAUUGUCAAAGAAUCUAAACAUGAUUUCUCAUAUAAGCAAUCUUUAUAACUUAUGGUUGAAAAUGUCUUAAUUUUCAGAGGCUUUAACUGCCAGUAAAACAAAAAUGUGUUAUAAAUAUGUUGUGUUGAAAAAAACAAUAAUGCAUGUUGCAUGUGAAUAUUUUAGUUUUUUAGGGGGUUCUUUUUAGCAUGAUGAUUCAGAAAUAUUUUUUUUUUCUAUUAUUAUUUGUAUCUUUGUUGCCUUACUAAAUCACUGAGAUGCACAGGAAGCAUUAACCAAAGGUUAAGUACAGUUUUAUCAUCUUUGUGGAUGCUAAUCAAUGACUUGAUUUUACUGAAUACUCCAUCACAUAAUGAUGGCAUUUGUGUUUCUGUGCCCUGAGGUAUGCUUGAUGCACAAGUGUAACAUGAGAACUAAAUCUGGUAUACAUGAAUGUCAAAAGGUGUUCAUAUUCAGAGGCAUUGAUUGACCCUUUACCUUUCUACAGUGCAUUCUUAUUGUGUUAUGUAUUUUAUUUAAAUACAGGUGCAGUGUGUCUGUAAAGGACAUUUUGAACAAGAUUAAUAAAAUUAACAAAAUCAUGAUCAUUA